CGGCUGCCUCUUCGGCGGGGGACCGGCCAUUGAACGUCCUCAUGGUCGGAACAGGGGAAUAUACGACUGGCUUCGUAGGAACAGGCGCUUCAGGAUCAGAUAAGAAAAUCGGGGUCGUAGGACUGACGCUCUUUGACCUGCGACGACGCGGAAAAGUAGGGAAACUAUCAAUGGUUGGCACCACUGGGUCAAAAUACCCCGCGAUCCGCGAGCAUUUACACAAAAACAUCUCCCAGGUCUACAACGGUUUAGACACGAGUUUUGACUCUUAUCCACCGGACGAUGCCAGAGACCCCGAGGCAUACAAAACCGCCAUCGAUGCGCUGAGUCCAGGGGAUGCGAUCACGAUCUUCACCCCGGAUACAACGCACUACCCCAUUGCAUUGUACGCUAUCGAACGCAAGAUCCACGUCCUAAUCACCAAACCGGCCGUCAAGACCCUUGCACACCACCAAGCCCUCCUCGAAGCUGCUAAGAAGCAUGGGGUCUUCGUCUACAUCGAGCAUCACAAACGCUUCGACCCCGCAUACGCAGAUGCGCGCUACAAAGCACAAGGACUAGGCGACUUCAAUUACUUCUAUUCCUACAUGAGUCAACCGAAAAGCCAGCUCGAAACAUUCAAAGCUUGGGCAGGCGUCGAUUCCGAUAUCUCAUAUUAUCUGAACAGCCACCAUGUUGAUAUUUGUGAAUCGAUGGUUUCGACCCAAGGCUACACACCAGUCAGAGUCAGUGCGAGCGCGAGCAAAGGCACAGCUGUCGACCUCGGCUGUGUGCCCGAGACAGAAGACACGAUUUCCUUGCUCGUGCACUGGGUCAAGAAAUCAGCUCCGGAAAAGAGAGCCACGGGUGUGUACACGGCAUCUUGGACCGCGCCCCAGAGAGCAGGCGUGCAUUCGAACCAAUACUUCCACUACAUGGCCCAGAAUGGCGAGAUCAGGAUCGAUCAGGCGAAGAGGGGUUAUGAUGUCGCGGACGACAAUCUCGCUGAUAAGGGGCUAAUGUGGUACAAUCCCUUCUACAUGCGCUAUGCGCCGGACGACGAGGGCAAUUUUGGAGGCCAGGGCGGAUACGGCUAUGUCAGCUUUGAGAAGUUUGUUGAUGGGUGUAGACUCGUGAAUGAGAAGGGCGCCGAGGCGUUGGCGGAACUGGAUAAAAGGGGAUUGCCGACUUUGAGGAAUACGCUUGGCACGACGGCGAUUUUAGAGGCGGGGAGGAGGGCGCUGGAUGAGGGGAGAGAGGUGGGCAUUAAGGAGACGGACGGGGUGUGGGAGCUGGUGUAAAUCUCAAUCAAAUAUCUGGGAUAAGAUGGAUGGAAUGUUGGGAUAGUACAUCUCGAAUCAUCAGAGUCCUCGAUGGCAAUGAAAAGUAGCUAGAACCUUGUUUCAUCACUGAUCUGCAGCGAAUCUCAUCAACGAGAGGAGAAUGAUAAUAUCAACGAAGCCUCCCAGGUA